AUGGAUCUGACCGAGCUUUUGGGUGACGGGUGGAAUGUCAGUGUCACAAACGGGACCUCGAAGGGGAUAUUUGACUUGUUCAGUGAUGACACCGCCUUGGUCUCACCGGAUGUUUCAUUUGGCGUAAGAAUAUUCAUCACCACAGUCUACCUGCUGGUGUGCGCAGGGGGCCUCUUGGGAAACAGCCUGGUGAUGUACCUCAUUUGGAUCCAGAAGGACCGGUCCACGGCAGCCAUUAACAUCUUGGUCUUUGGCCUGGCAGUCGCCGACUUCCAGUUCUCCCUGAUGCUGCCUUUCUGGGCCACGGAAAUGGCCUUGGACUUCCAGUGGCCCUUUGGCCAAGCCAUGUGCAAAGCCGUCCCUUCCCUGACUCUUCUGAGCAUCUACGCCAACGUCUUCUUGCUUACGGCCAUGGCGGUCACCCGCUACUGGUCGGUAGUCUCGGCUGUGAAGGAUGGGUUAAGGAUGACGCCCCAAGCGGCCAAGUACAUCACUGCUGCCCUUUGGGCCGUGGCGGUAGGGCUCACCGUACCGACGGCUGUCUAUGCCGGAAUGGUAAACAUUGCCGGGGUGGAACUCUGCCUCUUCCAAUUCCCCAGCCAGUAUCACUUGGGGAUCUACCAACUCCAGAGAGUGGUGUUUGCCUUUGUAAUCCCCUUGGUGGUCAUCCUGACGUCUUACCUCCUCCUCCUCCGGUUUCUCAGAUUUCACCACAUCACCAGCCACAGCCUAACGCGGCAUAACCAGGUUGCCGCCACCGUCCGCCUCCUGGUCGGCUGCUUUUUCAUCUGCUGGUUCCCUAACCACGUGGUCACCGUCUGGGGCGUUCUGGUGAAAUUCGAGGCUGUGCCCCAUGACGCCACCUUUCACUAUCUCCACACUUACGUCUUCCCGUUGACCACCUGCUUGGCUCACGCCAACAGCUGCCUCAACCCCAUCCUCUACUGCCUGAUCCGCCGCGAGUUCCAAGAAGCGAUGAAGGACACCUUCCGCCGGCUGUCCUCCAUCGCCUCCUACCAGUUGUUCUCCUCCCACAAGGCCUGGGAGGAGGGGGAGCUGGUGGUUCUGCCUCUCGGCCCAUCCGAUGCUCCCCACGGUCCUCGAAGCGGAGCAAAGGAAGAUACUGCCUUCUCUACCAUCUUGGAACCAGAAAAAGAGGGUUGUGCUGCUGGAGGACUCUGA